AAUCUUUCACAUUAAGGAAGUAACUCUUUCUCUUUCUAUGUCCAAAGCUACAACAGUAAUUUUGUGUAAUUUGAACAAGAGAUCAGAUGAGUAAACAAAACCAGAUAAGUCGCCGGUUGGUGCUCGUUCCCUGUCCAUAUGAAGGCCACUUGAAUCCAAUGCUUCAACUUGGCACAGUUCUUCACUCCAAAGGCUUCUCCAUAACAAUUGCUCACACCAUUUACAACUCUCCAAAUCCUCACAACCUUCCUGAUUUCAGCUUCCUUCCUUUUCCGGACGGCUUAUCUGACCAUGAUCUCGCAUCGAGUGAUGUUGUAGCUCAUAUACUGACCAUUAAUGACAAUUGCAAGAAGACCUUUGAAAGAAGAAUUGAACAACUUAUGGAAGAGAAAAGGCUGCAGGGUGAGAUUAUCAGCUGCAUAAUCUCUGAUGAACUCAUGUCCUUCGCUGAGGAUGCAGCCAACAAUCUGAAGCUUCCAAGCAUAAUCUUGCGCACAACUAGCGCUGCCACUACUUUCGCGCGCUGUCGCCUUGUUACAAUUAAGGAAGAAGGCGGUAUUCCUUUUCCUUUCCAAGGUCCUUUCUCACAUGAUUUAGUACCCGGGCUUCAUCCCCUCAGGUUUAAAGAUCUCCCUUUUUCCCCAAGUCCAGAUUUCGAAAGGUUUGUACGACUAAUAGCCAUUGCAUACAACAAGAGGACGUCAUCCGCCAUCAUAUGGAAUACCAUGACCUGCCUUGAGCAAUCAACUCUAGAUCAAGUCCAACAACAAUCUGAAGUACCAGUCUUCCCUAUAGGUCCAAUAUAUAAAAUGGCAGCCGCAAAUAUCUGUAGUGGCCUCAUCAAAGAUGACAGAAGCUGCUUAUCAUGGCUUGACAAGCAACCCCAUAACUCAGUCAUUUAUGUGAGCAGCUUGGGAAGCCUAGCAUCCAUUGGUGAGAGAGAAGUAUCCGAAAUUGCUUCGGGACUAGCCAACAGCGAGCAGCGUUUCUUGUGGGUGAUUAGACCCGAUUCGAUUCGGAGUUCUCAUUGGAUUGAGCUGUUGCCCAAAGGUUUCCAAGAUGUUGUUGGGGAUAAGGGAUGCAUUGUGAGAUGGGCACCCCAAAGGGAAGUCUUGGCUCAUCCUGCAGUGGGAGGAUUUUGGAGCCAUUGUGGUUGGAAUUCAACUCUUGAGAGUAUAACUGAAGGAGUUCCAAUGAUAUGUAAACCAUGGUUUAGUGACCAAAGAGUGAAUGCAAGGUAUGUGAGCCAUGUGUGGAGAGUUGGGUUGGAAUUGGAGGAGUUGGAGAGAGAGGAGAUAGAGAGAGUUGUAAGAAGACUUAUGUUGGAUGAUGAAGGGAAGGAGAUGAGGGAAAGAGCCAAGGAAUUGAAGGAAAAAAUUGAAGUUUCUACAAGGGAAGGUGGUUCGUCUUGUAAUUACUUGGAUGAGCUAAUAAAUUUUAUCAUGUUAAUUUAGUUGCAUAAAAAUGGUUUAUAAACAUCUUUACCCAUUUCUUUUUUCUGGUGCGAGACUGGAAUUCAUCGAUGUCUUUGCUUUGGCUGCCUAAAGAAGUUGUUAGAGGUGAUUCUGAAUAAAAUGAUUCUCCAUAACUAUGGACCUUUCAAGGUUUAUAAUAUUGCGAUCUCCAAACUAUGAAUUCUUUCUUUUCUUCUCACUCUCUAUUAAAGUAGUAUUCGAGCAGAUGAAAAUAUUUAUUUUCGCCU